AUACGAUCUCUCCAUCUCUCUCUCUCUCUCUCGAGUCUCGACUCUGUGAUCUCUCUCGCUCUCUCUUUUUCUAUAGUUUCUUCUGAAUCCAAACAGCAUCUUUAUUUUCUGCGUUUUGGCUUCUCUUUCUGAUUAAGCUAGAGGAGUUCUUUGAGGCAGCUGCUUCUAUGCCAUAUUGCAGAGAUAAUGGGAGAGUCUAAGGGGUGCAGGAAUGUUGGACGAAUGAUUCCAAAGGAUAAGUCUGCAAAUUCUUAUAACGUCUCCCUUCUCUUGUCUGCUGUUGUUUCUUAUUGGGAUUGUAUUGUCCGCACGAUGAGGUAUUCCUAUAUACCAGAGUGGGUGUAGUUCUUGUGAUCCUCUACGAAAUUUAAGUUUAGUGCAGUUUUUUUAGUUAGAAUUAAUAGCAAGCAAGCAAUAAUGGAUCACACGGUGUGCAAGCAAGUUCAGCCAGUCGUUAAGAAAGCUAAGAAGAAACAUGGUAAAGAUGAAUUUGAUCGUAUCAAACAAGCCGAGAAGAAGAAGAGACGUUUGGAGAAAGCUCUUGCUACUUCUGCAGCCAUUCGAGCUGAGUUGGAGAAGAAGAAGCAGAAGAGAUUGGAAGAGCAACAAAGGUUAGAUGAAGAAGGGGCAGCUAUUGCAGAGGCUGUUGCUCUGCACGUCCUACUGGGCGAAGACUCUGAUGAUUCAUCUCGGGUCAAGAUUGGCCAAGGUAAGGGUUUUAAGAUGGAUCUGUUUAGAGAUGAAAGAAGCAACCUUGUUCCUCGACAAAGUUGUGCUAGUUAUGCGGUUCAAGGGAUUGGGUUUGUGUCAAAUGGUUAUGGUUAUGGCCUAGGAGACAGUCACUGGUCGCCGUUCACGAGGGAUGCUUGGGAUAACAACAUGGGCAUAUCAGCUGAUUUGAUUGCUGCUCAGGCCGUCUCAUCCCUUCAGAUAUCUGAAAAUGCUGAGGGGAACGCCUUUGUGUUUAAUGGGAUGUUCAGGGGAUGAAAAUGCCAUGAUUCCAGAUUUGAUUUCUACAGUAAGCCUUUCUUAUGGUAUAAGUUGUGAAUUGUUGUUUAAUUCAGAACCCCUUUGUGUUCUUCGGUGUGAAUGCUCUGCUGUUAAUCUCUGUUGUUGGAUACUCUCUUUGCUUUCCAUGUUAUUUUACAUACGUUUGGGAAAUUUUUACA